ACGAGCGCGUUCCCGACCCCAGUGCUAAUAAAAAGGUUUAUUCUUCAAGCUCCUUUGCCAGACACACUCUGGCAUUUUAUUGGCGUCGUUUAAAGAUUAAGCAGCACUCACUUCAGGCAGGAAUUUGCGCUCGAGCGGAAAUGUAGUCAGAGAGGCAGCUCGGGAGGCGGAAGUGAGGUUAGAGCAGCAGUCUGCUCCGUCCAUGUUAUUAUUGUUAUUUUGGCUGUGUGAUGGUUCACGGACGGCGGCCAGCCCGGGAUUUCUCCGGUUACCAACGUAGACACGAACGGCUAGCGGGCCACACGUUACAGCUGCGCGUCUGUGUCACGACAGUUUGAUCGCCAGCGUUGACAAAACGCGCAAACGUCGCUGUGCGCAGCGCUUGCCUGGGACUGUCUUUAUUAUUGACACUGCAACAGACAUGAACGGCAUCACCAAGGGCAGAUUUGAGGUGUUCUCAAACAGUGAUGAGGCCCUAAUCAACAAAAAACUUCCCAAAGAGCUUCUGCUCAGGAUUUUCUCUUUCCUGGAUGUAGUUACAUUGUGUAGGUGUGCCCAGGUAUCCAAGGCGUGGAAUGUUCUUGCGUUAGAUGGAAGUAACUGGCAAAAGAUUGAUCUCUUCAACUUUCAGACAGAUAUUGAGGGACGUGUCGUGGAGAACAUCUCGAAGCGAUGUGGGGGGUUUUUGAGGCAGCUCAGUCUUCGGGGCUGCCUCAGUGUGGGAGAUGCCUCCAUGAAGACCUUUGCUCAGAACUGUCGCAACAUUGAACAUCUGAACCUCAACGGCUGCACCAAGAUCACAGACUCCACCUGCAUCAGCCUUAGCAAGUUCUGCUCUAAACUUCGCCACCUUGAUCUGACCUCCUGUGUGUCCAUCACCAAUCAUGCACUUAAGGCCUUAAGCGAGGGCUGUCGGAUGUUGGAGAACCUGAACCUGUCCUGGUGUGAUCAGAUCACGAGUGAUGGCAUCGAGGCUCUAAGCCGUGGCUGCACAAGUCUCCGAGCUCUGUUUCUGAGAGGCUGCACACAGCUUGAUGAUACUGCACUGAAGCACCUUCAAAAGCACUGUCCUGAGCUCAUGACAAUCAACAUGCAAUCGUGCACACAAAUCACAGAUGAUGGUUUUGUGAGUUUGUGCCGCGGUUGUCACAAAUUGCAGAUGGUUUGUGUGUCUGGCUGCAGCAACAUCACAGACGCUUCUCUGACUGCCCUCGGCCUCAACUGCCAACGGCUCAAGAUCCUGGAGGCCGCUCGCUGCUCACAUGUGACUGAUGCUGGUUUUACUGUUCUUGCCAGAAAUUGUCACGAUAUGGAGAAGAUGGAUUUAGAGGAAUGUAUUUUGGUGACUGAUAACACUCUGGUUCAGCUCUCAAUCCACUGCCCUCGGCUGCAGGCGCUGAGCCUGUCUCACUGUGAGUUGAUAACAGAUGAUGGAAUCAGACACCUGAGCAGCAGUGUGUGUGGUCAGGAGCGUCUGCAGGUCGUGGAGCUGGACAACUGCCCCUUGAUCACGGACAUCACACUGGAGCACCUCAAGAGUUGCCAGCGUCUGGAACGCAUUGAGCUCUAUGACUGCCAGCAGGUCACCCGCGCGGGCAUCAAACGAAUCCGGGCUCACCUUCCUGAGAUCAAGGUCCAUGCUUACUUUGCGCCGGUCACACCUCCUCCUUCAGUGCACGGAGGUGGUCAGCGUCUCUGCCGCUGCUGCGUCAUACUCUGACAGAAGGAGGGGCUUCUGGGAGAUCCCAUAGAAUGUCAAGCUGUCAGACAACCUCUAAACUUUGCCCUGCCUCUGCUCCACCCCGCUACGAGACGCUGUGUGGGGUUGUGGCUGCGGGAGGCACGGCUUGUUCACUGAGCGGUUGCCUGGCAGCAGGAUGGACCUGAACAAUGUUACGCAAAAUAAAUACAAUGCAACGUGACAAUACUACGUACAUACGAUACCACCUACUGGAUAUACAAGAAGAAAAAUCAAGGAGCUACCAUGUAAAAUAUUUCAUAUUUGGAUAUAUAGUAAACAAAUCGAAGGAAGUACUUAAAGCAUUAUGGAACUACUGAAUAUAGAACCGAUACGCAAACAACAUUGAGGCAUUUUGAUGCCACUAUGACGACUACACCGUGUUUACGUCCUGCUCCUCUUCCUCAACCAAUAGCAAUGCAUUCUCUCACAACGAGAACAAAUAGAAAGAACAGAAAACGAGCAGCAGGAUGCAAGUCUCUGGAGUUUUGUAGGAUACGCCUCCCGCCGACUGAUCAUGUGACUUUCUCGAACCUGAGAGCAGGAAGCGUUUGAGCGUUUCUGUCUGGUUUUUGCGUGUGUGUGUGAGAAUGUUUAAGCAUAGAAAACAAAAUAUAACACUACAACGAAUCAACCCGUAUUAAAACUGGAGUAAAAUGUUGUUUUUUUAUUUUCUGUUAGUGCUCACCCUAUUUUUGAGAGGACGAAAAUGUACCUGAGCGAGCGAGGGGAAGUGAAGGACUGAGAUUGUGCAUGUGAGAUAAAGCGGAUUUUGCUCCAGCGUGGAGUCACAGUACGUCACCAAUGAUGUGAAUGUUUCAAUUUAGACAGUAUACAUGUGCUAAGGGUUGGAGGGAGGGGGGUACAUCAGGAAUAGGUUAUCGUAAGUUUCACAUUGUUUCAGUGCAAUAUUAAAAGCCCAUGCGCAUGUAACUAUGGUAUGUGACAGGAUUAACAACACUCCGUAUUCAGGCAUUUCCUCAAAAUUUCGAGGUGUUCUCAUCGCAGUGUCCCUUCCCUGUAUAUUUACUGCCAAUUAUGCUUUGUUAAAGGCAUAGUUCACCCAAAAAUAACAAUUCUGUUAUCAUUUUCCCACCUUCAUGCCACUCCAAACCUGUAUGACUUUUUUUCUUCUUUUUUUUUUUUUUUUUUUAUCUGUGGAACACAGGAAAACAAUUUGAAAAAAAUAUUGAUAUUGUUUUGACUGCAACAUUCUAUAAUAAUGUCGUCAUAUGUGUUUUAUUAAAGAAAGUCAUACUGGUUUGAAACAACACAAGGAUAAGUAAAUGAUGAUGGAAUAUUACUUGUUUUUGGUUGAACUAGAUCAGAUGAGUAAUAUGUAAAUAAUAUAUACAAAAGUCAACAUAUAUAUAUAUAUGGCAAGUUUUGAAAAUGUCAAAACUUAAGCGAUUAUGGUUUAAAGUGAUGGUUCUGCAAAAUAUGACAUUUAUAUUAUCUUCUCAGCCUCAUCUGCUCUAAAACCGGUCUAAAUGUUAGUCUCAGUCCAUAUUCACAUUCAUUGUAUAGACCAAGUUGCAAUGAAGAAGAAUGGUGACCAAGAGUUUCAUUUUGCCUGAAAUCUCCUUUUGUGUUUCAUAGAACAAAGAAAGUCAGAAAGUCGUACAGGUUUGGUAUAAAGUGAAUGAUAACAAAAAUGUUGUGUUUUGGCAAGUUUGUCCCUAAGUCUCAUGCGUUAAACUUGUAUUCAACUUAGGUUUGAUGCGUAACAUUGCAUAUUUAAAAUCAUGUUGAGUCUUGCUGAUGAAAACACAUGCUGAGUUGAUCAUCUACGCAUUGAAAUGUUUUUUGUCAGUGUGAGUGCCUUUGAUUUUGCAACUGGAGGGAGGGGUGGGUUACAGCCACAGAAAUGCUCAGGGCUGCGAUGUACUUCAUAUUUUAUCUCUUGUAUUCCCCUUAUUUAAGUUGGCUUUUGCCGUUAGAUGUGAUGAUGGUGAAGUGCAUCAUCAUUUCCUAUCAGCGCAUACACCAGUGAUUCCAGUAUUCUUUAUCUCAAACACGCAACCACUUUAGAAGGCAAUGCUAAACCUGUCUGCGAAAUGAAGUUUGUUUAGAAUUGUUCUGUAACAGUUAAUCGGUUCCCCUCCUUCUCUCCCAUAUUUUUUUGACAAAGAUGAAACAAGUUACCUGAAUGUCUUUGUGUUCUGGUUGUUAAUGUGACAUUUCUUUAAAUAAAAGAUCUGAGCAGUGUG